UGAUUCUCAUCGCCGCCAUUUUUAGAGGAACUGCCCAUUGGAGAGAGAAAGUUUGCUAGCCACCGUUAGCAGCUAGCUCGCCUGCCUUACAGUCUCGUUGUGACAGUCAGCGCCUGACAGUCGCCACCGGCUCGCCUCACGUCGAUGUGACGAUGGCGGACCAGCAUUCAUGACAAAGACAUUUGCUUCAGUGGACAUAUUGGACUUGGAAGUCGGCGUGACAGUGUCUGCUGGGUUGGGCGACUGUGUGGUUAGAUAGGAGAAUUAGCAUUGCUAGCUUGUUAGCUUGCGAUUUCCACACUUCUUGGCUGAUUUGCGUGGACCUCGUCUGUGAUUCAUCGUCAGCCACACGUCCUCUGCCGUGUGUGGGAUCAGCUCAACCAGGUGCCCAUGUGCUGGUUCCUUAGGCCCAUCAAGUACUGCAGAUGAAUCUUCAGCUGCUUUGGUGUAGCUCAGCACCCAGAUAGUCCCAUCCCCUUUGCGUGGGUGAUAAGGGACUACAUUAACCAGGAUGCCCUCCUCUGUAAGGGCAGGGAGCCUGAAGGAUCCGGAUGUGGCUGAGCUUUUCUUCAAAGAAGACCCAGAGAAGCUUUACUCUGACCUCCGAGAGAUUGGCCAUGGCAGCUUUGGAGCCGUCUACUUUGCACGGGAUAUACGCACAAAUGAGGUGGUGGCAAUUAAAAAGAUGUCCUACAGUGGCAAACAGUCUAAUGAGAAAUGGCAGGACAUUAUAAAAGAGGUGAAGUUUCUGCAGAGGAUCCAGCACCCCAACAGUAUAGAAUACAAAGGCUGUUACCUCCGUGAGCACACAGCAUGGCUGGUGAUGGAGUACUGUCUUGGCUCAGCCUCAGAUCUGCUAGAAGUUCAUAAAAAACCUUUACAAGAAGUAGAGAUUGCUGCCAUCACACAUGGUGCUCUGCAGGGGCUGGCCUACCUUCAUUCCCACAAUAUGAUCCACAGGGAUGUGAAGGCAGGUAACAUUCUGCUAACCGAGCCUGGGCUGGUCAAACUGGCAGACUUUGGCUCUGCCUCCAUUGCCUCACCUGCAAACUCCUUCGUGGGAACGCCAUAUUGGAUGGCCCCCGAGGUUAUUCUAGCUAUGGACGAGGGCCAGUAUGAUGGGAAGGUGGAUAUCUGGUCCUUGGGGAUCACCUGUAUAGAAUUAGCGGAGAGGAAACCACCCUUGUUUAACAUGAAUGCAAUGAGUGCCUUAUACCACAUAGCGCAGAAUGAGAGCCCCACACUGCAGUCCAGUGAAUGGACGGAUUACUUUAGAAACUUUAUAGAUUCUUGCCUUCAGAAAAUCCCCCAGGACAGACCACACUCUGACGACAUGCUGGGGCAUGCAUUUCUGCAGCGGGAACGUCCAGACUCGGUGCUGAUGGAUCUCAUACAGAGGACCAAGGAUGCAGUGCGAGAGCUGGACAACCUGCAGUACCGCAAGAUGAAGAAGAUCCUCCUACAGGAGGCCCACAACGGACCCACUGCCGAAGCCCCUGAUGGAGACGAGGAGUUGGAGCCAGGCGGAGGUCGGACGGGAACGGUGAACAGUGUCGGCAGUAAUCAGUCCAUACCCAGCAUGUCUAUCAGCGCCAGCUCCCAGAGCAGCUCUGUCAACAGUCUGAACGAAGCGGCCCAGGACAGCCGCAGCGAGCUGGACCUGAUGGAGGGAGACCACACAGUCAUGUCCAACAGCUCUGUCAUACACCUCAAACCGGAGGAAGAGGAGAGUUUCUCUGGGGAGCAGGCCGCCAGCAGUCAACCCUCUGAGCCCCAGCCAGCACCAGCUCUGGCCCCGAGGAAGCACUACCGCAAUAGAGAGCACUUUGCCACCAUACGCACAGCGUCACUCGUGACCCGUGAGAUGCAGGAACACGAGCAGGACUCGGAGCUGCGGGAGCAGAUGUCAGGAUACAAACGCAUGAGACGGCAACAUCAGAAGCACUUGAUGGGCCUGGAGAACAAGCUGAAGGGGGAGAUGGAUGAACACAGGCUGAGGCUGGACAAAGAGCUAGAGAGUCAGAGGAACAACUUCAACCAGGAGAUGGAGAAGCUGCUAAAAAAACACCAGGCGGCCCUGGACAAAGAUCUGAAGACGUUUACCAACGAUGAGAAGAAGUUCCAGCAGCACAUCCAGGUGCAGCAGAAGAAGGAGCUCAGCAGCUUCUUGGAAUCACAGAAGCGGGAGUAUAAACUACGCAAGGAGCAGCUCAAAGAGGAACUGAGCGAGAACCAGUCCACUCCCAAGAAGGAGAAGCAGGAGUGGCUGUCCAAACAGAAAGAGAACAUCCAGCACUUCCAGGCGGAGGAGGAGGCCAACCUGCUGAGGAGACAGAGGCAGUACCUGGAGCUCGAGUGUCGACGGUUCAAACGCAGGAUCCUCAUCGCCAGACACAAUGUGGAGCAGGAUCUGGCCAGAGAGGAGCUCAACAAACGGCAGACACAGAAGGACCUAGAGCACGCCAUGCUGCUCAGACAUCACGAGUCGAUGCAGGAACUGGAGUUCAGGCACCUGGGAACGAUCCAGAGGGCGCGGGCAGAGCUGAUCCGGACCCAGCACCAGACAGAGCUCACCAACCAGCUGGAAUACAAUAAGAGGAGGGAGAGGGAGCUGAGGCGCAAGCAUGUCAUGGAGGUUCGACAGCAGCCCAAGAGCCUCAAGUCUAAGGAGCUUCAGAUUAAGAAGCAGUUCCAGGAUACUUGUAAAACCCAGACCAGGCAGUACAAGGCCCUCAGAAACCAUCUGCUGGAGUCAACGCCCAAGUCUGAUCACAAGGCCGUGCUCAAGAGGCUGAAGGAGGAGCAGACCAGGAAGCUAGCCAUCCUGGCCGAGCAGUAUGACCACUCCAUCAACGAAAUGCUCUCUACACAGGCUCUGCGGUUGGACGAGGCUCAAGAGGGGGAGUGUCAGGUUCUGAGGAUGCAGCUGCAGCAGGAGCUGGAGCUACUCAACGCGUACCAGAGCAAGAUCAAGAUGCAAACAGACGCUCAGCACGACAAGGAGCGGAGGGAGCUGGAGCAGAGGGUCUCUCUGCGAAGGGCGCUGCUAGAGCAGAAAAUUGAAGAGGAAAUGCUUGCGCUGCAGAACGAGCGUCUGGAGCGAAUCCGCUCACUUCUGGAGCGCCAGGCCCGAGAGAUCGAGGCUUUUGACUCGGAGUCCAUGCGGCUCGGCUUCAGCAACAUGGUGCUCACUAACCUGGCUUCCGAUUCCCAGGGGGCUGGGGGGAGGAGGUGGAGGUGGCCAGGGGGCUCAGGGGGAGGCCACUGGCCCGGAGGAGGUGGAGGGGGCGGCCACCAUAGUCAUCAUCACCAGGGGGGCUCCAGCUCACAGCAGCCCUGGGGUCACCCUAUGCUGGCUGGGGGCCCGCCACCUUGGAGCCUCCACCACCCCGGAGGAGGGAAUCAGAGGGGGAGUGCGGGAGUCGCAGGGGGGGUGAGGAACAGCCCACAGGCUAUGAGGAGGACGUCAUCAGGGGGGAGAAAUGAACAGGGCAUGAGCAGGAGCGCCAGCAUCACCUCUCAGAUCUCCAACGGAUCCCAUCUGUCGUACACUUAGAACAAACACACAAGCAACACGAUAAUUGUCUUAAAGUCGAAUCCUUGUGCACCGAGGUGACACUACGCAGACGCACACUAUGCAUGCACCACACAUGCACCACACAUGCACCACACACACACUUAUUUCCCACAUUACGUCUGACACAUACUGCACAGUGCUGAGAGUAGUAGUCUGUGGAAACCCAAAAGUCUUGAGACUAAUCCAAGAUGGCUGAGGGCCAUAAACAGUAUGCCACAGUGCAAUAGUGUCAUGUUUACUGUAGCUUACAGUGCUAUUUUAUGCGUUUUGCCACGUUAGUGUCUGUUGUCACAGACCCGAAGUAGUAUAUUAAUAUUAUCAGCCAUGGAGUUUAUUAUGAAGAGUUUCUUGCAGUGUGCUGUUUUACAUAUAUGUCGGGGUAAAUCUGAGGCUUUCACAUGUUGCGGUAGCACAAUAAUGUGCAUCAUGGGAAAUUUUGCAUUUAGUUAUGCAAUUUUUAGAAUCACUUUGAAAAUGUGUUCCCUCAAAUAACUCACAGCUUGAGAUUUAAGCACAGACGACUUACCGUUUAGAAAGUUUAUUGAGAUUAUUGUUUAUGUGCAGU